AUGAAUAAACAUUUAAGGCCAACAUCGAAUAAUCAUCUAGUUGAUUUUGCUCCAAAGUAUUUAACUGUAGAAAUAAAAUUAACAAAAGAACGUAAAUCAAUGAAUAAUUUUAAAAUAGGUGAUCAAGAACUUGUUGAUAUUAAUAAUCAUAAUCAAUGUAUAUAUGAACUUGUCUAUUCAUUUAUUCAUGCAAGUUCUAAUAGAUUAUAUGAUUAUUUAAAAAUUUCAGUAGAAAAUAUUUCUGAAUAA